AAUUAAAAUUAAUUCAAAAUAAUUAAGAAAAAAUGCCGAAAGUUAAAACAGAAAAGAAGUCUCGCAUACACAAUGAAGUCCAAAAGCAGGGUAUCGUAUUCAACAAGGAUUUCGGCCAGCAUAUUCUAAAAAAUCCCCUUGUCAUUACAAGUAUGCUGGAAAAGGCUGCAUUACGACCAACAGAUAUUGUUUUGGAAAUUGGUCCCGGUACUGGUAACAUGACAGUUCGUAUGUUGGAACGUUGUAAAAAAGUGGUGGCAUGUGAAAUUGAUACCCGCCUGGCUGCUGAAUUGCAGAAACGUAUACAGGGCACUCCGCUGCAACCAAAACUGCAAAUGCUAAUCGGUGAUUUCUUAAAGGCUGAACUUCCCUUCUUCGAUUUGUGCAUAGCCAACGUACCAUAUCAAAUCAGUUCUCCGCUUAUCUUUAAACUUCUACUGCAUCGACCAUUGUUCCGUUGCGCCGUGCUGAUGUUCCAACGGGAAUUCGCUCAACGUCUUGUGGCCAAGCCGGGCGAUAAGUUAUAUUGUCGUUUGAGUAUAAAUACCCAGCUAUUGGCACGUGUAGAUAUGCUAAUGAAAGUGGGUAAAAAUAAUUUCAAACCACCACCGAAGGUGGAAUCCAGUGUGGUACGUUUGGAACCCAAAAAUCCACCACCACCAGUGAAUUUCACCGAAUGGGAUGGUUUGACACGUAUUGCAUUUCUGCGUAAAAAUAAAACUCUGGCCGCUGCCUUUAAGACAAACUCGGUUAUGGAAAUGUUGGAGAAAAAUUAUAAAUUACAUUUAUCGUUGAAUAAUAUGCCCAUUGAAGAAAAUCUGAAUAUGCAAGAAAAGGUAAUUGGUAUAUUAACAAAACUGAAUAUGGAUAAUUUCCGUGCCCGUUCAAUGGAUUUGGAUGAUUUUAUGCGGCUAUUGUUGGCCUUCAAUUCUGAGGGUAUCCACUUCAAUUAG